AAAAACAUAACUUUAACUUUGUAAUUUUACGAUACUUAAGAAAGAAUGUGAACUCGUCAGCAUUGAUAUGAACCCAUCUAAAUGACAUUUAGGUAGGAGGUCUUCCUUAAAUUUGUUAUGAUCUGUUGCUAAAAUCACAUGGUCCAAUCCAUUAAUAAGUCACUCAUUUGACGUUAAUUAGAAACUGGUAAUUGGAUCAACAUAUUAUAACCUUGGAGUUUUGCUCAACAACCAUGCGACAAUAUGCACAAACAAAGUGUUGUCAAAUUAGAUAUAUUAUUGAUAAUUUUCGACAUUUGAACUCCACAUCAAUGCUACUAAGUGUUCAUUACGUGUAUCCUCAUCAAAUUAGCUGCAAUAACAGAAAAGAGACUGUUCGGAGUAGUUCUUAGGCGAUAGGAAUAAUGGCAACGUAUUAUUUUAUCCUAUUUUCCAUGGUUAUUUUUUGUUACGCACUCCCAAAGCCACCAUCUACGUGUUUGGCUGGUCAGAAAGGAUAUUACUGUGCAGAAGAUUUAAGCAGUUAUCACUUUUGUAAAUCAAAACGUCUCAGCAACUCAGUCACAUGUCCAACAGGAACCAGAUGUACUUGUUAUUUUGGUCAAGAAUGCGAAGUACCCACAUCAUCAAUUUGUCGAGACAACGUGUCGCCAUUUCCUAAUGAUCAAAGUUAUUAUUGGUCCGCCUCCGGUACUCUAAGAACUGACACAGGAGCCUUGUGUCUCGUCAGAGAAGAAGUCAAGCAAGAUUUUAGUAAAAAACUCUUUCGUAGUGAUCUGACGCAGAAUGGAACUAACUUUUUCAUCGUUAUUCGUCCAAACGAAAAUGGAACAUUUUGUUGGUUCAGCGGAGAUAACGUGACGAGAAGUUGUCGUAAGGAUGUUACACCAACAUUCGACGCAAACAGACCCAAUUUAGGAAACAUUGCAUUUUCGCCAACCACUGUAACAAACGACAAACAAGAAGUCAUCCAAGAUUGGAUGGCUUCUUUUGUUGCUAAUUUUGUCUUGACAGAAACAUGGCGACUAAAGUUCACUUCUAAAACCAAUCAAGUUGAGCCUCUGCAGAGGAUUUCAACAUUUCAGUUCCCAGGCACGACUACAUACUCGUUCAAACGUGUUUUACAGACCGACUUUUUUGCUUUUGGAGCACCAGAUGAAUCGUCUUUCGAUCUACCUGAGUUUUGCAAUGACGUUUAAAUAUUUGACUAGUAAACCAGAUUUGGAAUUACUUCAACUUUUAAAUAUAUUUACAAGCAACACAUGGAGUUGUAAUCACUGGCGCCUUGUUGAAUAAACAACAUUUCACAUUCUUCUUUUUUGCUAAUUAACAAACAUACGAUAUUAAAUCAAUUAAGUAACGGAUAAUAUAAUAUUUGUUUGUUUGUUUGUUUUUGUUUUGAUUUCAAUAACAAGAAUAAUUGUCAUCGUUUGAACUCUGUCUUAAUGUAACAUAAUUAUAAUUGAUUUACAUGAUUUAAAAUAGUACAUCUUUGAUCCUUAAUGACAUCUCUUUAAUAAUAGCCGUAUUAUGUGAGCGUGUUUGUGCGCGAGAAAAAAGUCGUGUUAUGGAAACACGAAGUGCAAUAUAAAUAAGACGGGCAAACCCGUGUAUUUAUGGACGGGCUACGGUCUAGUCUCUUUAAUGAUAGCCGUAUUUUGUCUGUCUGUGUGUCCGCGAAAACCGUGUUACGAAAAAACGAAAUGCGAUAUAUAAAGAACGGGCGACCCCGUGGAUUUUUUUACGGGUUAACGACUAGUCUCUUUAAUAAUAGCCGUGUUUUGUCUGUCUCUGCGCAAAAUGGUACCUGAAGUAGCGAGAAACACGAAAUACAGUAUAUAAAGUAGGGCAAAUCUGAGGAUUUAUUCACGGGCUACGACUAGGCUCUUUAAUAAUAACCGUAUUUGUCUGUCAAAAUCACUAAGAUAUAUCGGACAUAUAUCGGACGCACGAUAAAAUUACGCACAAAAUAGCAAAUGCCAUAUUAUUUACUGGCUUUGUUGUAAUUGGCAAACUCCUGUGGAUUACUCCAUGGACUAUUCUCCUAUAGCUAAACCCGUAUUUUGUUCAAAAUUUGGUUGAAUCGCUACUCUGUGCUAAGGAUGCACGAAAUAACAAUGCGCAGGGCAUGCAUGACGUGCAAACCGUUUAUUUGCGUUGAACUAGUCUGUAUCAAAAUUCAUACAUUCAACACCGGCCAUUUUGACAUCAAAAUAUAAAAAUCAACACCAUAAAGCGUACUAACCCUAGGUCUUAUGUUUUUUGAUGAGCGUAGGUAAAGCAAGCUUUAUAAACAACCGUUGUUUACACAAUUCAUCACUACAUUACCA